AUGAUGUCCAAUGGCACACAUACUUCGUCUUCGGACGCAGCGGCAUCCUCCUCAUCGACAGCUCGGCAGCAAGUAUCACCACCGCCGGAAUGGAUAGCAUCGAUCGAUGCAGUGUACAGCCUCUUCGAAGACCACACAGCAGCUCAAAAAUAUCCUCAACUAUCGCAAAAAGUCAAGAACGCAGUACAGCUCUGCGAAGAGGUGAUCCAAGAUGUCGGUCAACCACAUUGCGCACUCAGCUUCAACGGCGGCAAAGAUUGUACCGUUCUCGUUCACAUCUUGUCCGCAGUCUUGAGGCGACUCGCUGGAAGAGGCGCUGCCAGUUCAGAGGCACCCAUCCCGUCGAUACCGUCGCUCUACAUUACGUGUCCAUCGCCCUUUCCUACGGUCGAAAAGUUCAUCGAAUACUGUGUAUCCCCUGUCCACGGGUACAACCUCCAGGUGAUCUCGGUAACGGGCGGGAUGAAACAAGGCAUCCGCACCUAUCUUGACGGUGGAGGACGCGAACAGGUCGGCCUCUCCUCCAACGACACUUCCACCUCCAACGACGCUGUCGCACCGCGCGAUAUCCGCGCAAUCUUCGUCGGCACACGCAGAGACGACCCACACGGCCCGCAACUCUCCUCACGAUCAUGGACGGACAAAGAUUGGCCACGCGUUGAACGCAUUCACCCCAUCCUCGACUGGUCCUACCAAGACGUAUGGCACUUUCUCCGCUGUCCGCAUCUCGCGUCGAGAGAAACUGCGCUGGGGAUGUCGCGGAGCCAGCUCGCGGAACAGUGGGGGACGGCGGGCGGAGGCGAACAAGGCGUCCCCUACUGCUUGCUGUACGAUCAGGGGUAUACCUCGCUUGGGUCGACGUAUAACACGCUACCGAAUCCCGAGCUGAGGGUGAGCAGCGGUGUCAAUGAGGAGGGACAGGAAGGAGGAACAGAGGGGGAGGUGGUCGUUGGUGAUGGCACAGCCAAAGGGAGGUGGAAACCGGCGUAUAUGUUGCAGGAUGGCAGUCUGGAGCGCGCCGGACGUGUUGAAAAUCCUUCGCCCGCCGCAGCUCCCACAGCAUCGACAUGA